GUCGUUCAAAACCAGCAUUUGCAUUUAUUCCCUUCGAAUCGAAUUCCACAAACCCUCCAUCCUUCCUACUUUACUCUUUAUUCUCUCUCCCCUUCCAUCUUCUCCCCAUAGAUUGCAGAGAACGCCAUUGCUAAUCAUUCGACAAGUUUGCAGAUCGGAGAUGAAGAAUGAGGUUUCGCCGCCGGCGGAGGAAGGAUCCCAAAAUCAAAAUCAAAAUCAUAAUCAACAGCAUCCGUAUGCAUUUCACGUGUCGGGACCUCGUAAUGUCCCGUCAAUUAACUGGAGGGAUCUCAUUAGCUCCACUUGGAAGAAUAGCAAUUACAAGAGGACAGUCAUUGCCUGCUUCAUACAAGGAGUAUACUUGCUCGAACUCGACAGACAAGAAAACAGAAGCCAUGAAAAUGCUCUGGCUCCCAAAUGGUGGAUACCAUUCAAGUACAAGCUGGUUCAAACACUCGUGGAUGAUCGCGACGGCUCGAUCUUUGGUGCCAUACUCGAAUGGGACCGCGCAUCAGCUUUGCAAGACUUCGUACUUGUGAGGCCGAGUGGCGCGCCGAGAGCUGUUCUAGCACUUCGAGGGACACUGCUAAAAAGUCCAACCAUCCGACGCGACAUUGAGGAUGAUCUACGCUUUCUAGCCUGGGAAAGCUUGAAAGGAUCCAUCCGAUUCGCCUGCAGCUUGAAGGCAUUGAGAUCGAUUUGCGAUAAGUAUGGGAGUAGCAACAUCUGCAUCGCAGGACAUUCUUUGGGAGCCGGCUUUGCCUUGCAAGUCGGGAAAGCGCUGGCGAAAGAAGGGAUAUAUGUUGAAGCCCAUUUGUUCAAUCCACCGUCCGUUUCGCUCGCAAGCAGCCUCAAAACCGUGGUCGAAAGAGCAGGGGAUAUGUGGAGGAAAGUCCGGGCGAUGUUGCCGUAUGCUCAGGCAGAUAUGAGUGAAAGAUCAGCAGAAAUGGCGAUCUCAGGAUCGAAGCAAUGGAUGCCUCAUUUGUAUGUAAAUAAUAGCGACUACAUUUGCUGCUACUAUACGGACGCAAAUGGGGCUGCAGAAUGCAGCGGCAGUGAGAAGGAGAAUGUGAAGCCGAUAAUUUCUGGCGCUGCAUCGUCGAAGCUGUUUGUGUUGUCUAAGGGGAAGCAGAAGUUCCUCGAGGCGCACGGGUUGGAGCAGUGGUGGGGCGACGACUUGGAGCUACAAAUGGCUGUGAACAGCAGUAAGCUGAUCAGCAGACAGCUGAAAUCCUUGUACAGUCUUCCAGCCUCCGAGCAGUCGCCGCUGACAGGAAAGGGUCGAUGA